AUGGGUCUCACCGAUUUCUUCUCAGAUUUGGUCUCCUCCUUCGGCUUGGCUGAAGCCCAAGCUGAGGCUCCUCCCGCUGAGCAGACCGACGAGACUGUCGCCGAACAACAGGAAGAGAAGUCCGAGGAAUCCGCUGAGCCCGCUGAGGAGCCUUCCGAGCAAAGCGAAGAGCCCGAGGGUGAAGCUGAGGCCGAGCCUGAGGCUGAGGCUGAGGAGGAAGCCGCAGAAGAGGAAGAGGAGGAAGAAGAAGAAGAGGAAGAGGAAGAAGUCGAGGAUAUCAAACCCAAGCUUGAGGCGGAUUGUGCAAACUCCCAGCAAUGUGCUCCCUUUAAGCACCACUUCGACGAAUGCGUCGAGCGCGUCACACGCCAGCAGGAGGACCCCGACUCCAACGGCCCCACGGAAGACUGCGUUGAAGAGUUCUUCCACCUCCAGCACUGUGCCACCCAGUGCGCUGCUCCCAAGCUCUGGAAGUCCCUGCGGUAA